UUGGGCUGCACAGACGCGUUGCACGGCAGUUGACAGGUGUUUUUCUCAAGUGUCGCGUAACGGUUGAACAGAGAUUUGAAUAUUUGAACAUUCACUUUUGUGACAAGUGCAGGCAAAUAAUAGUUGCAAGUGCAGUUGAACGUUUCGCAAAUUCAGAGUUGCGUUUGCUGUUGAUGGCCGUGGCGCCUGCGUCGAAGGCAACUGUUGCUGCAGCUGCUCAAGUUGUGCAUAUGCUGCGCACCUACACCUGGCCAGAGACAAGGCCAACCACACAGACGUCAGCCAGUGCGAUGGCCAACCACGAGUAGAUGGACAGCGACAGCACCGAGGAGCAGAACCUGGAAAUUAACAUUAAAAAUUAGAACAACAACAACAACAGCAAAUUGGAAUAGAAGAAGAAGUUGAAAAAACCACUCAAAAUGCGCACUCUAGCCAAAACAACUGGCUUUAAUGGCAGCGACGACUAUCUAAAUGGUCUGGAUGGUGCAAAUAGAACCGAAUUUAUAUACACUAUUAAGUCCAACUGGAUUACGGAAUGGCGCAUAAGGAAGGAGCGCGAGAAUCUCUGCCGUGGCCUCUACAAUAGGGUCAUUGAGCACGCGGAGUGCAAACGCCUGUUGGAGGCGGCCAAGAUCUAUGGCGAGAUUACGGACUUUAGCACUUGGUCACAAAAUGAGCAGCUGCAAUGGUAUCGCAAUUUCGGUUACAAUUUGACCAACUUUGGCCGGAACAGCUCGACGGAGACAAGUGCCACGCCCGUGGAGGUUAGUGGACCGGUGCCCGUGUUGCCGCCAUUUGAGACCUGGCAGACAAUUGCCAUUGCAUUGUGUUUGUUUUUGUGCAUCAUUCUGACGGUGGGUGGCAACAUUCUCGUGCUGCUCGCCUUUAUUGUGGAUCGGAAUAUACGACAGCCCAGCAACUACUUUAUAGCCUCACUGGCCGCAACGGAUAUGUUGAUAGGAACCGUUUCCAUGCCCUUCUAUACGGUAUAUGUGCUGAAGGGCUAUUGGGAUCUGGGACCUUUGCUCUGCGACUUGUGGCUAUCUGUGGACUAUACCGUUUGCCUGGUCUCCCAAUACACCGUCCUGUUGAUAACCAUCGAUCGCUACUGUUCGGUAAAAAUCGCGGCAAAGUAUCGCAGCUGGCGUACUCGGACACGGGUCAUUUAUAUGGUCUCCAUCACCUGGAUCAUACCGACGCUGCUGUUCUUCAUCUCGAUCUUUGGCUGGGAGCAUUUUACGGGCAAACGCGAUCUGUUGCCGGGCCAAUGCGCUGUGCAGUUUCUCAAGGAUCCGGUAUUCAAUACGGCAUUGAUCAUUGGCUAUUAUUGGACAACAUUGAUUGUGCUGUUCGUGCUGUAUGCGGGCAUCUAUAAGACCGCCUACGACAUGCAGAAGCGGAGCGAGGCCAAACAGCGCAAGAUGCAGUCGAUGGUGGCGCUGAGCGCUGGCGCCAUGUCCGGCAUGGCUGGUCAUGCUGCGGGCAUUGGAGUCAUCGAGGAGAAGAUACUGAAAACUAAGGUGCAGCUAUCGGAGGUAGACAGCGGCGGCUGCAACACGGCCGUCAAGCGUCUGAGCGGCUCGGGCCAAGCCAAUCCGUUGGCGCAGGCCACCGAAACAGUUGCCAUUGUGCAGAUGACACCCGAACAGCGACGCGCCUCCGAGGCCAAAGUUGAGGAAUCCAAGCGUGCAGCAGCCGAGGCAGAGAAGAGCGAACGCUCCAGCAGUCCAGCCUUUGAUUCGGAUGAGGAGUCCUCUGUUAACCAAACACAGCAGCUGCUCAAUCAACAGAAGCUGACCAAUCUGCGCAAGCGCUCGUCCAUUGGCCUGGUGUUUGGUGCACAGGCGGCGCUGUUGGCGACACGCAGCAAAGGUAACUUGCAACAGAGCACCACCAACUCCAAGUCAAUUGAGGCCAUGCACUCCAUGGGCGCACGAUCGCCACACCAUCACCCAAUUAACCAGUCGAGCUUGCAGCGCGCCCAGAGCAAGGAGGAGGUGGGCAUGGGUCAUUAUCAGGCGCAUACACCAAUUGAGCGACCCAAGCGCACCUCCUGCUCCACUUUGUCCCAGAUAGCCGAGCAUGACCGUCUCAUUGAUAUCCAUCAACCCUCGGUACCAGCCAAGCAUGACCCGCUCUCACCCGUGGAUCUGGCGCCCAUUGAGGUGCCGCGCCAGCAGGUGCAACAGUGCCUGGUGCAGGCCAUAUUGCCGCCGCCCGAAGCCUUUCAGUGCCCCACACCCCUGUCCGAUUACUCGGAUCGACCCUUUGGCAACAGCUCCGGCAAUAGCGAACUGGCCAUGAGCUACGAUCUGAUGACGAACAACUCGGAGCUGCGCUAUAUGGAUGAGAGCUCCGCCAUGAUGGCCACCACCAAUGACAAUAGCGUUAGCUGCUCUCAGAGCAGCGCACCACGCACCGCUCCACGUUCCAUGCCCGUUACCACAGCACAGCGCAGUGCCAUUCCACCACCGCCACCCGCACGCAAACAGCUCCAAAGAUCCAGCCCCCCCAUUGUUCCAGCGACUGAGCCCAGCCAGAGACGGAGCGAGUGUCAUGAGGAGAGCCAAUCCCAGUCCCAGGAGCAGGUAGCCAUUGAAAAACGUCUUCUCGUCUCAUACACAGGCAUCGAGGACUUUGCCAAGGGUCGGCGAGAGAGCUGCAUUGAGGCCAUUUGCCUGCUGGAUGUGCCCGGGCAACGCAAUGACCGUGUGCAGGCGGAUUGUCCGCCUCGGCGCGCCUCCAGUCCCAUGGAGACGAGCAGCAAGGAUGCGGUGCUCUACUCUCCCAUGCCACCGCCGCCGCUUAAACCAAUGCCAGUCACAGGCAAUGCUGCAGCAGGCGCAGCUGCUGGAACCGCUGCUGCAGUGGCUCCACCAGCACCAGUUUCUAUCCAGCUGGAGCGCAUUGAUGAGCGUGAAGCGUCGGACUCAAACACCAAUAAGAUGCCCUCCACAUCGGGCACCACCAGCAGCUCGGCUGGUCUGGCCGGCGGCAUGAGAAAGGAUGCCAAAGAUCUGGAUGAAGAUGGCGGUGUCUCGCGUCGUGGCUCCAGCAAACGGCAUUUCAUGCACUCCAUUGGCAAGCAUUUCAAGAGCAAGAAGGCCCUGCCCCUGGUCAUGGGCAUGGCUGGCAGCCGGCAAAAGUCCAAAUCGGAGAAUCGUGCACGCAAAGCGUUUCGCACUAUCUCCUUCAUCUUGGGCUGCUUUGUGGCCUGCUGGACGCCGUAUCAUGUGUUGGCCCUGGUCGAGGGCUUCUGCCGGAAUCCGCCGUGCACCAAUGAGCAUCUAUAUAUGUUCUCCUAUUUCCUGUGCUAUGCCAACAGUCCAAUGAAUCCCUUCUGCUACGCAUUGGCCAAUCAGCAGUUCAAGAAGACAUUUAUGCGCAUUCUCAAAGGUGAUCUGCACAUGACCUAAGCGAGCCUCCGGGCUGAUGAUGAUGAUGAUGAUGAUGAUGAUGAUGAUGAUGAUGAUGAUGAUGAUGAUGAUGAUGACUAUGAGAUGAGAUGAGAUUGAUUGAGAUGACAACAGCCGGAUCCGUCUUUGGCAUUGCAUUUGUCAAGCGGUACACAACAUUUCCGAGAGCCCCGCGGAAUGUUGAGCCCCAAUUUUAUUCUAACUCUAGAUUAUGGUUAAAUGCUCCGCCAAAUUGUGGAUCCCGCCCCUCCCCACUCUGUGGAACACCAAUUGAAUUCAAAAUUUGAGCGGUGUUUGUAAUUUAAGGUCAGCCAAAGGUGUGUGUUAGUUAGUGAAAGGAACUAUUUGUUUAGCGACUAGUAGAUGCUAUUAGAACGGAGUUGUAGUAAAAGUUGAGGCAAAUGUUUUAGACAAUAAAUAAAUUAAUGUUUAUAUAUUAUUAAGCUAUGAGCCCAAAAAGUGGUAAAUAGUACUUAUAUUAGUAAAUAGUCUAUGCAGCUAAAUAUAUGCAUACAUAAUAAUGAUAACAAUAAUAAUGAUGACUAUAUUCUCCCAAUACAUAUGCAUUACAUAUCCCAACUGAAGAUUUUUUUUUCAUUUAUCAUAGCAUAUAUGCAACACACAUAAUAUAUAUUCCUAACUGUGAGAUUGCAAAUGAUAUGCAAAUAUUUACACAAAUUGCAUUCACAAAAUAACAAAUAAAUAAAAAUAAAUAAAUAAAUAUUCUGUAUACAGAGGCAUACACCCAUCCGACCCAACUGAAUGUUCAACAAUAAGUGUUAACCAGCAACAAAAACAACAAGAAAAUAUAUAAAAACAAAAACAAAAGAUUGAUGUAACAAAAAUAUCUAACAAAUAUACAAAACCACAAAAAAAUGCUCUUAUAUAUAAAUCUAUAUACAUAUGUUUAAAAUAUCCGUGUAUAAAUGUCAAUUUCUAUUUGAAUAUCGGGAACCGACAACUACACCAACUGCCCAGCGGGGUAGUAUCGUGCUGUAUCUAUAUAUAUAUAUACACACACAUAUAUCUACAUAUAUUUGUAUUAUAAGUGGAAAAGAGUUAUAUAUAGAUAUAUAUUAUAUUUCGCGUCUAUGCCGAGCUGCCUGAAUUAGUUGACUUUGUUACACUUAAC